UUUCCCUCGCUUCCCACCUUCUAGCCUCAACUGGGUGUCUCCUUUCUCUCCCCCUGCUGCUCCUUCAGCGCCAGGGAGAGACCAGCCGCUGCAGAGGAGCUGGGGGGAAAAAAGAAGAAGAGAAGAAGAAGAAGAAAAGAAAACUUUGGGGGAAAAGUUUCGCUUGCAAACGCCGCUUCUCCUUCUGCGCUUGUUGCUGCUCGUUGCUUGCCCAGCGUUGCGCGCCUCUGCCUUUCAGCGAAGGUCCUUUUACAGGUUCGUUGAUGCUAUAUGUAAACCAUGGGAAGAAUGGACACCCAUCAAUCAAAGGCCCCGAGCUGGUUCCUCUUAGGUUUCAUAGCUGUGUCUCUUCAGCUGAGUGAUCCUGUUUUAAGUCAAGUGGCUCCACCAUCAAGAUUAAGAUAUACUGUUAUUGGUCCUGACAGUAUUCAGAUUUCAUGGAAAGGCCCCAAAGGGAGGUUUGAAGGAUAUAAGCUUCUCAUCACUCCUAGUUCAGGAGGGAAGACAAAUGAGCUGAUGCUUCAGAACAAUGCAAACAAGGCGAUUAUCCAAGGUCUUAUCCCCGAUCAGAGUUACAUCGUUCAGAUAGUGGCCUUUGCUCAAGAUCAGGAGAGCAAAGCAGCGCAAGGCCAGUUCCGAAUUAAAGAUCUAGAGAAAAAGAAGGAUACUUCAGGCAAACCCAAACCGAAAGAGGUGGGCAAACUGAAGCCUGCUGUGCCAACAGAGGAUACAGAAUUGAUGCCCCUUCCAAAACCAGAAGAAAACCAAUUUAAGUGCAAAAUUCCAGCCUUCGCAGACAUCGUUAUCUUGAUUGAUGGGUCCUGGAGUAUUGGCAGAUUCAACUUCAGGCUUGUGCGUCUUUUCUUGGAAAAUCUGGUUAUUGCCUUCAACGUGGAUUCUGAAAAAACAAGAAUAGGCCUGGCACAAUACAGUGGUGAUCCCAGGAUAGAAUGGCAUCUGAAUUCCCACAACACAAAGGAGGCUGUCUUAGAAGCAGUGCGAAACCUCCCCUACAAGGGUGGAAAUACCUUAACCGGUCUUGCCUUAACUUUUAUUUUGGAAAACAACUUUAAGCCAGAUGCAGGUUCAAGGCCUGGAGUCCCCAAAAUUGGCAUAUUGAUCACUGAUGGGAAAUCCCAAGAUGAUGUCAUUCCACCUGCAAAAAACCUGAGAGAUGCUGGGGUCGAACUCUUUGCCAUAGGUGUAAAGAAUGCUGAUGAAAAUGAACUGAAGGAGAUUGCUUCAGAACCACACAGCACUCACGUCUACAAUGUUGCUGACUUCAGUUUAAUGAACUCCAUUGUGGAAGAACUUACAAAGACUGUGUGCAUGAGAGUUGAAGAACAAGAGAAAGAAAUCAAAGGAUCAUUGGUUGCCACACUUGGAGCCCCUACAGAUUUGGUCACAUCUGAAGUGACAGCCAGAGGAUUCCAUGUGAGUUGGACUCAUGCACCAGGCAAAGUGGAAAAGUACCGAGUUGUCUAUUAUCCCACCAAAGGAGGACAACCAGAAGAGGUGGUGGUAGAUGGGACAGUAUCAACAGCAUUACUGAAAAAUUUGAUGUCUUUAACUGAGUAUCAGAUUGCUGUGUUUGCCAUCUAUGUUAGUUCUGCCAGUGAAGGUCUCCGGGGUACUGAGACAACACUUGCAUUGCCAAUGGCAUCUGAUUUGGAGUUGUAUGAUGUCUCGCACAACAAUAUGAAAGUAAAGUGGAAGGCAGUAGCUGGUGCAACUGGCUAUAUGAUUCUGUAUGCACCCCUCAUUGAUGGUUUAGCAGCAGAGGAAAAGGAGAUGAAAAUUGGAGUGACCUCCACACAUGUUGAACUUGAGGGUCUGCUACCCAACACAGAUUAUACGGUCACUGUUUAUGCAAUGUUUGGAGAAGAAGCCAGUGAUCCUCUUACAGGACAAGAAACAACAUUGCCUUUAAGUCCGCCAAGAAAUUUGAAGUUUUCAAAUGUGGAUCACAGCUCAGCCAAAAUAACCUGGGAUCCAGCUUCCCCAGAGGUCAAAGGCUAUCGCAUUAUGUACGUUAAGACAGAUGGGACUGAAACCAAUGAGGAAGAAGUUGAUCAAGUGUCAGCACAUAUUUUGAAGAGCUUGACGUCUCUCACUGAAUAUACUGUAGCCGUUUUCUCCCUCUAUAGCGAGGGUCAGUCUGAGCCACUCACGGGCAGCUUUAGCACAAAGAAAGUUCCAUCACCUGAAUUUUUGGAAAUUAUUGAAGUAUCUACUGAAACUUUAACAGUAAGCUGGAAGCCACCAUCCUCUGAUGUGGCUCUUUACCGUCUAGCAUGGAUCCCAUUGGCUGGCGAAGAAGCUGAUGAGAUCAUCUUAAGUGGAGAUGUGGACACCUAUGAGAUUGAAGGCUUGCUACCCGAUAUGGAAUAUGAGGUGUCCUUGGUGGCCCUCUUUGAUGAUGAAAGUGAAAGUGAUGUGGUUGCUGUACUUGGGAGCACACUUGAAAUACUGACUACUGAAGUAACUACCAUUACUACAGAAAUUACUACUACUCCUGAGCCUACAACAGCAGUCUUUCGGACAGGAAUAAAAAAUCUCAUGGUCGAAGAUGAAACUACCUCAAGUUUGAAAGUCAAGUGGGACAUUACGGACCUCAGCGUUUCCCAGUUCAGGGUGACAUAUAUGAAGGCUGACGGUGGUCAUGGGGAGGAAACGGUUACAGUCCCCGCGAGACAAAACAAUUUACUUCUUCAGCCUUUGCUCUCAGACACUGAAUACAAAAUUAUGGUCACCCCAAUCUAUGCUGAUGGAGAAGGAGUCAGUUUGUCAGCUCCGGGAAAAACUUUGCCUCUUUCUCCUCCACAAAAUCUGAAAGUCUCUGAUGAAUGGUACAACCGAUUAAGGAUUAGCUGGGAUGCGCCUCGAUCCCCCACAAUGGGGUAUAGGAUUGUAUAUAAACCUGUGAAUAUUUCUGGACCAGCACUUGAAACCUUUGUGGGUGAUGAUGUCAACACUAUCCUUAUCUUGAAUUUGCUUAGUGGAACAGAGUAUAAUGUUAAAGUAUUUGCUUCUUACACGACUGGAUUUAGUGAAGCCUUAACAGGUGUUGCCAAGACAUUGUAUUUGGGUGUGACAAAUUUAGGAGCUUAUCAAACCCGAAUGACGAGUUUAUGUGCCCAAUGGCAGCCCCACAGACACGCGACUGCUUACAGAAUUGUAAUAGAAUCUCUUAAUGAUGGGGCAAUAGAAGAAGAACUUUUAGGUUGGGGGGCAUCUAGGCAUUGCUUCUUUCAACUUUUUCCUGACACAAAAUAUAAUAUCAGCGUUUAUUCACAAAUUCAGGAAUUAGAAGGACCUGCCAUCAGUAUAAUAGAGGCAACACUGCCAUACCCAACUGAGCCACCACCAACUCCUCCAACCACCACUCCACAGCCUACGAUUCCUCCAGCAAAGGAAGUUUGCAAAGCUGCAAAGGCCGACCUGGUAUUUUUGGUGGAUGGAUCUUGGAGUAUUGGAGAUGCAAAUUUCAACAAAAUAAUUGGCUUUCUAUAUAGCACUGUUGGUGCUCUUGACAAGAUUGGUCCCGAUGGAACUCAGGUGGCAAUUGCCCAGUUUAGUGAUGAUACGAGGACAGAAUUUAAAUUGAAUGCCUACAGAAGCAAAGAAACUCUACUAGAUGCCAUUCAGCAUAUAGCCUACAAAGGGGGAAAUACCAAAACAGGCAGAGCAAUUAAACACGCACAACAGAUCUUAUUUACUUUGGAGUCUGGGACCAGGAAGGGAAUCCCAAAAGUUUUAGUAGUGAUCACAGAUGGACGAUCUCAAGAUGACGUGAACCAAGUUUCCAGAGAGAUGCAACUAGAUGGAUUCAGUAUAUUUGCCAUUGGAGUUGCAGAUGCUGAUUAUGCAGAACUGGUUAACAUUGGCAGCAAGCCGAGCGACAGACAUGUGUUCUUUGUAGAUGACUUUGAUGCCUUCAAAAAGAUUGAAGAUGAGCUGAUCACUUUUGUCUGUGAAACAGCCUCUGCAACUUGUCCAUUGGUGUAUAAAGAGGGCAAUAGUUUAGCAGGAUUUAAAAUGAUGGAGAUGUUUGGCUUGGUUGAGAAAGAGUUUGCAGCUGUGGAAGGAGUAUCUAUGGAACCUGGAACGUUUAAUGCCUACCACUGUUAUGGACUGCAUCAGGAUGCUUUGGUCUCUCAGCCAACCAAAUAUCUACAUCCCGAGGGUCUCCCAUCAGAUUACACCAUAACUUUUCUCUUCCGCAUCCUUCCUGAAACACCUCUGGAACCAUUUGCUCUGUGGGAGAUUUUAAAUGAAAGUUAUGAGCCGUUGGUUGGAGUUAUUUUGGAUAAUGAUGGCAAAACCUUGACUUUCUUCAAUUACGACUACAAAGGGGAAUUCCAGACGGUAACCUUUGAAGGGCCUGACAUAAAGAAAAUAUUUUAUGGGAGUUUCCAUAAGCUGCAUAUUGUUAUCAGCAAAACCACUGCUAAAGUAGUGAUUGAUUGCAAGGAAGUGGGUGAGAAGAUUAUCAACGCAGCAGGAAAUAUCACUUCUAACGGGAUUGAAGUACUGGGAAGAAUGGUUCGAUCAAGAGGACCAAGAGACAGUUCUGCACCAUUCCAGCUGCAGAUGUUUGAUAUCGUUUGUUCCACUUCAUGGGCCAAUAGAGAUAAGUGCUGUGAACUUCCAGCUUUGAGAGAUGAAGAAGGCUGCCCUGCCCUUCCACAUUCUUGUUCCUGUUCUGAAGUCAACAAAGGAUCUCCUGGGCCCCAAGGACCACCUGGAGGUCCAGGUCUCCGAGGUCCGAAAGGAAGCCGUGGUGACGAUGGCCCAAAGGGACCUGAUGGACCUCGGGGUGAAAUUGGUACUCCAGGCCCUCAAGGGCCUCCUGGGCCACAGGGGCCAAGUGGACUUUCAAUCGAAGGACCUCCAGGACCAAGUGGAGAAAAAGGAGAAAGGGGAGAAAUUGGGCGUCCAGGUCUUCAGGGUAUUCCAGGACCAACGGGGUCACCAGGACGAGAUGGAAGCCAAGGUCCAAGGGGCCUGAUAGGCAAAGACGGACCAACUGGACCUCAAGGUUCCUCAGGACCAGUGGGAAUACCUGGUGCUCCAGGUGUCCCAGGAAUAAUGGGUAAUAUUGGCCCACAAGGAGAUGCUGGACCACCUGGACUUCCUGGAGUAAAAGGCGAGAAAGGUGAACGUGGAGAUCUUCAGUCCCAAGCAAUGGUACGGGCAGUAGCUCGUCAGGUGUGUGAACAGCUUAUCCAGUCUCACCUGGAUAGAUACAACUCCAUCUUAAAUCAGAUUCCGAGCAACUCAAUCUCAACACGGACUAUCCCAGGUCCCCCUGGUGAACCAGGACGGCAAGGCUUACCUGGACCACAGGGAGAGCAAGGAUCUUCAGGAAGCCCAGGUUUCCCUGGCAAUCCUGGCCAACCUGGAACACCAGGAGAAAGAGGCUCACCAGGAGAAAAGGGAGAACGAGGUAACCCAGGUAUCGGAACCCAAGGCCCCCGAGGUCCUCCAGGGCCAGCAGGACCUCCAGGUGAGAGUCGAACUGGCACUCCUGGGCCUUCAGGAUCCCCUGGUCCCAGAGGAACAGCCGGUCGCACAGGUCCACCUGGGGCACAGGGAACACCUGGACAGCCAGGGUACUGUGAUCCUUCCUCUUGUGCUGGUUACGGAGCAGGUGGUGGCUACGGGGAUCCAACAGAUCAAGACGUUCCAGUUGUGCCAUUAACCCACAACUCCUACCAACUGUAUGGUUCCGAGGAUCUUUAUGAAGAUCAGCCAGAGCCCUAUCUAGGAUCCUAUGCUUAUCCUCAUGUCGCACAACCAGAAUUCACACCCGUGGAUGAAGAAAUGGAGGCUGCCGGAAUAAGCCGCUUUCCGAGGAGAAUCUCCAAAAGAAGUAUCAGCUCUCCAAAACGCAAUUGACCAAUUUAAAAAAACCUCACGAUGAACUGCUUUUUAUAUUCUUUGUGUACGUUAGUUAAGCUAAUGUUUAGGCCUCUGUCCGGUUGACCUAAAUGUUGUCAUGGAAACUGUUUGCAAGCAUAUACAUUAAAGGAAAAAAAACACAUUAUAUUGUACAUGACCAUUUUGACAAGACGGGAAAGAGCUAAUUACAUUGCAUGCAGAAAUUAUUAACAGUAUAGCGGUUUAUGGUUAAAUGAAAACUCCAAAAGAUGUAUUUGUAGAUGUUUAUAGUUAGGUUAUGAGUAUGGUUCAAUGCAGAUUUCAAAAUACUGCAAUGCCAGAUGGCAAAUUUGAAUUAAAUCAAGGAGAGUUCUUUUAUUCCUUGCUUUCUGAUAUUUUUGUCUACAUUUUAAAUAUGUGCUUUCCUCAGAGUAAACCUACUAAAGCUACUACUAUGUCUGAGUUCUCUGAAGUUUUUUUUUAAAUUAUCCAUAUAAAGAUGUAUAUGAAGUGGGGUUUUUUUUCAUCCCACAGUAUUCCCAUAAAUACCUGUUGGAAAUGCACCAAUAAUUUAUUGUGGGUCUAAUACUACUCUGUUUUCUAUACAAAUAAAGUGGCAAGCUUUUAUAAAUA